GGUUCGGGCCCGCGGGCACAGAUACCGCUCGGGUAGGCGAUUCGAUUCACAACCGCGAAGAACCGCACUCGUGUCCGGGAAGUGAACGUUCGCGCGUGGCUUCUUCCGCGGCCGGCUCCCACCUUAGCAACAAAACAACAACACCAUCGACAACAACUACGAGAACAAACGGAUCCGGAGAUCCACCAGAUUCCACCAGCGACCCAAUCCGACCGAAUCACUUGAUGAUGUCUUGAUGCAAGAUGAAACAAGAUGACGCUCUCGCACAGCAGGAAGAGAGUAUUCAACUCCUUUCACCACCCGUAGUCAAAGGGGAGAUAAGCCCUAAAAGCGGUCUCAGCGUUACGAUUCUCGAAUUGUCAUCAACUUCAGAUGGGGCUUUGGAACAAACGGCGGUCAACGGGCAAAGGAGGGACAGCAACGUGUCCGAGAAUUAUGCAGCCGGCAGCCUCGACCCGAGGACGCUGCUCCAAGAGAGGAAAUUCGAGAACCGCUACCUGGGGAAAGAGCACCGAAGAGCAGGAGCGACUUUUCAAGGCAAAGUUUACAAUUUCCUCGAGAGGCCUACAGGGUGGAAAUGUUUCGUCUAUCACUUCACCGUCAAACCGACGAAUCGACCCGAGCAUAGAUCGCUAACUCGCAACAUGUUUCUAAUUUCUUUAUAAAGGAUAAUUAACGAG